GCUGCUGAUGAGCAGGCGGCACAUGCUCAGUUAAAUACACCCAGACAACUUUGAAGGCUUCGCUGUGGCUGCUGAGGUCAUUGCACUGGGAAAAAAAAGAGGCAGAGUGACUCCCUCUACUACACCGCCUCCAUUUUGAAUAGCCAUGUAAUAGGCGAUUCGCAUAGUUUGUGUGUAUCGCCCACUGCGCUGCGUAGUGUCAACAAGCCCCAUCCAAACACCCUUCGACAUGGACGACCUGUUCAGUCCGCGGAGGAGCCUGAACAACACACAGGGCGAGAUAAGAGUGGGUCCAAGUCAUCAGGCCAAGCUCCCAGAGCUGCAGCCUCGUCCUGCUCCUGCUUUACAGAGUCAGACAGAGAGCGAGGAGCUGAUGUGGACCCCGGGGGUCAAUGACUGUGACCUCCUCAUGUACCUUAGAGCUGCAAGGAGCAUGGCAGCUUUUGCAGGGAUGUGCGACGGUGGAUCCACAGAGGAUGGAUGUUUAGCAGCCUCUCGUGAUGAUACCACGCUGAAUGCUCUCAACAUGCUACAUGCAAGUCAUUAUGAUGCAGCAAAGGCUCUUCAGCGCUUGGUUAAAAAGCCGCUGCCGAAGCUUAUAGAGAAAUGCUGGUCGGAGGAUGAUGUGAAACGAUUCAUCAAAGGCCUCAGACAGUAUGGAAAGAAUUUCUUCCGCAUCCGAAAAGACUUUCUGCCCAGUAAAAAGACUGGAGAGCUGAUCACUUUCUACUACCACUGGAAGAAAACCCCUGAGGCUGCAGGAACGAGGGCUUACCGGCAGCAGCGCCGGCAGCCGUCCUCUCGUAAGGCAAAGACCCGCUCUGCUGCGCCUCCCGUGAGCACUCCUUCCCGAAAUUAUUCAACAGUGGAUGCAAGUUCUGCCAGUGAGGAUGAUCUCGAUAGUGAAGACAGUGAACAAGAUGUCAAGUGCUGCAGCCACUGUGGUGCAACAAGGUCUAAAGAUUGGCACCAAGGGGGAAGACACAAUCCUAUACUGUGCACAACGUGUCGCACAUACGAAAACAAACAUGGAUGUCUGCCACCCUCUCUGAAAUCUGCAGGCGCUCCAUUCAUGUUUAAACCUGUUAAGGAAGAGGAGGAGGUGAACAGCAAGCAUGGCAUGAGGACACGGAGAAGCAGAGCACCGCAGCUGUCAUCUUUAAGAAGUGGCCACCGGAGGCUCACAGGCUCCCCCACCAGUGAGGAUCAGCAGCUCUGUAACCAGCCUUCACCCAGCAGAGUGACUUCUAACUCUCUAAGAUCAUCUUCCAUGGACAACAAGAGUGAGUCCAAAAACAAGAGGACAAACAAGAAAAUAAAAGAGGAGAUAACCUCACCAAAGACAACAAAACGUACAAGGGAGAGUCCAGUGCAAGAGCUUGAUGAGACUGAAAAAGUUACACCUAAAAGGCCAAAGACGCAGGGCUCUCGGUCAGAAGCUGAAGCAGAGGAGGAGAGCUCUUCAGAAAGCCGCAGCGCACAGGAUGAUGGCAGUAGUGACACCAAAGACAUUGAUCAGGACAACCGAAGCUCCUCCCCCAGCAUUCCCAGCCCCCAGCCAGGCAAUGAGAGUGAUUCUGACUCAUCUGCCCAGCCGAACGCUGUCCCACCGGAGCCUGUGGCCCCUGCUGCUGUGUUGGCUGACACAGUCCUGCAGUCCCUCCCCUCUCAGGUUCCCCCCGCCACUCCUCAGUCACCGCAAAGUAUCCCCACUGCUGAUCCAGGUCAUAGCCCCUCUCUUCCUUCUUCAGACCCCCCUCAGCAAAGCACUGCUCGCCCACAGCUUCCCUCACACACUCUUUCUGCUCCGGCUCCUCUACCACUGGGGCACGACUCUUCUGUUCCUCCAGCUUUUCAGGUCCCACCUGCUCUCAGCUCUGCACAUGCCCCACGACCUUCACCAUUCUUUAGGGAGUCUCAGCUCCCUCAGCCUCCUCUGUCUGGCCCACAAAUCAAGCCUCCACCCACAACCCCAAUUCCACCAUCGCACAAACAGCUACCACACCAGUCUCCUACACCUUUCCCCCAGAUGCCUUCCAAUCUCCCCCCUCCACCUGCCCUAAAGCCCCUUAAUUCUCUGCCCAACCAGCAUCCGCCAGGUGCUCCACCUCCUCCUCUUCAGCUCAUGCCACAGUCAAUGCAGUCACUUCCAACCCAACUCCCAGUGAUCUCUCAGGUGCAGAGCCACCCUGGCAAAAGCAUGACUGCUUCCCACCCACCCGCUGGAGCCAUAACCUCUGUCACCUCUGCAGCGCCUUCUGCUAUAGGCCCUGUGCCAAGCCUUCAGCCGUCCCUCCCACCCCUUUCUCUGAGACCCUCACCGAGCAGCACCUCAGAGGGGCAACACAUUCAGAUUAAAGAGGAGCCGCUGGAUGAGCUGGAUGAGGCUGAGAGCCCACCUCCUCCUCCUCGGAGCCCCUCACCUGAACCCACCAUUAUUAAUAUGGCAAGCCAUGCCAGCCAGUCUGCACGGUUUAUCAAACAUUUGGAUCGUGGUUACAACACCUGUGCUAGAACAGACUUGUUCUUCACUCCGCUUUCAUCCUCCAAACUGGCCAAGAAGAGGGAGGAGGCUAUGGAAAAGUCUAAAAGGGAGGCCGAGCUCAGUGCUCGGCAGGAACGGGAGAGGGAAAAGGACAGAGAGCGUGAAAGGGAGGCAGACAGAAAUGCUAGAGCCUCCAACUCGUCUCAUGACAGUCGUAUGAGUGAUGUCCAGAUGACAGCUCAGAGUCAUGGACGCUCCUCCUUUGAGCAGCCGCCCACCACAGUAGCUGCAGUCCACCCCUACAUUGGCCCAGAUACACCAGCUCUGCGCACCCUGAGUGAAUACGCUCGACCCCACGUCAUGUCCCCCAGCAACCGCAACCAUCCUUUUUACGUAUCCCUGAGCCCCGGUGACUCUUUGAUACCAUACCCCAUGCCCGGUUUGUACAGUGCCGAACCCAGCCUGAGAGAGCGUGAGCUGAGGAAUCUGAGAGAGAGAGAGCUCCGUGAAAGGAUGAAGCCCGGCUUUGAGGUAAAGCCUCCAGACCUUGAAACUCUGCAUCCCUCAGCCAACCCUAUGGAGCACUUUGCCAGACAUGGUGCGUUGGCUCUUCCACACAUUCCUGGACCACCCCACCCAUUUGCACCUUUCCAUCCUGGGCUGAACCAUUUGGAGCGGGAGAGGAUGGCAUUGGCAGGUCCCCAGCUACGCCCAGAGCUGGGUUACGCCGAACGACUCACUGCAGAGCGACUACAUGCAGAGAGGAUGGCCUCUGUGGCAACUGACCCUGCUGCAAGGCUGCAGAUGCUCAAUGUGACUCCUCAUCAUCACCAGCACUCUCACAUUCACUCGCACCUCCACCUACACCAACAGGACCCCCUCGGUCAGGGUUCUAGUCCUCAUCCUCUAGUGGACCCCCUGGCAGCAGGUCCUCGUUUAGCCCGAUUCCCCUUUCCUACUGGCCCAAUACCCAACCCUUUACUCAGUGAUCUUCCUCAUGAACAUGAGAUGCUGCGCCACCCACUUUUUGGUGCUGCAUACCCACGAGAGUUGCAGGGCCCAAUUCCUCAGAUGUCUGCUGCUCACCAGCUCCAAGCUAUGCAUGCUCAGUCUGCAGAGCUGCAGAGGAUGGCUAUGGAGCAGCAGUGGCUGCAUGGACAUCACCUGCAUGGAGGCCCUCUACCAAGUCAAGAAGAUUAUUACAGCCGCUUGAAGAAAGAAGGUGACAAGCCAUCUUGAGUGCCAGGUGGUGCAUGCCCUAAGACCCUACACUUACCCAAUAGAAUACUGUGUAAUUUUGAGACUUUAGGAGAAUGUGUGUUUUUUGUUUUAAUAUAUUUUAGAAAAUACUUUGUGAAACUGUAUGUGCAUUCCUUGUUUAGCACUUAAUAGGACUUCCAAAGUCCGUCUGAGGUCUUCAUAUCACUUAAGACUUUAUACUAGUUUUAUUAUUACAAUAAUGAACAAUCUCACCUAUUCGUGUGAGAUGUAAAGUGACAGAUAUUCUCGAACAGACUGUAAAACAGUUUCUUAUGCAGUGGUAUCAAUUUGCUCAAAGCUCUUCUAAAGGAUAUGAAAACAGACAGACCUAGGUAUCACGUUGUAAUAUCCCUAUAAUGCUUUCUAAAUAAUUUCCUUGUACAGAAUGACAUUUAAAUCAGUGUUUGAAUGAUUGUAACAACCAAGCAUGACUCAGUCUUCAGUUUUCACCAAACUAGCAUAGCAAGUUGCAUUGUGGUGUUUUAGACUCUGUAAGUACAGUAGAGGUUGGAUUUAAUCUUAAAUCUGCUAAAUAUUUCUCUAAAUCCUAAAGUUUUAUAUAUCAAAAUAUCUUUUCACUAUAUAACCGAAGCUUUUAUCCGCAAAUUUUUGAGAUUGUAAAUACGUGUAUUACAUGUUCACAGUAUUCUAUAUGAAUGAAUACUAAUGAUAUAGCAGUAGGUGUGAACACUUGACCCUUUAUUCAGUAUGGUAAAUUCCACAUGUAAAUGAAGUAAGUGUAUACAUGUAAGUAUAUAAGUAGUAUUACAAGGUGAUAUAAUUAUUAAUUGGAUUAUGACCUGCCGUUAUAGACAAAUUUGAUAAGAACAGCAUAUUUUCCAUCAUUUUGAAAAACAGAAUUGGAGAGGAACUGAAUCUGUGGCAUUUUAAUUAAUCUAUACAAAGAACCGCCUCUAAAUUCAAUAUUUAUGUGACCUAAUACAAAAGUGUAUCAAACUGUAUCCAUUGCAUAUUUAUUUCAAUAAAAAAUUCUGCAGUUACAGCA